GAUCCGUGUUACUGACUGUUUUUGGUUUUUUCUUUGACUGUUGAAGGUUGAGAGCAAUGCCCGCCUGCUGUGCAUGGGGUUGUUUCAACAGAUAUGAGAAAGGUCAUACCAUGUACAGGUUUCCGCGCGAUCCUGCCAGAAGAAAAGUGUGGACAAAUCGAGUCAGCCGAAAGAAUUGGACUCCUACACUUUAUUCUUACUUGUGUGACGCUCAUUUUGAUAGCUCUCAAUUUGAGCAACACAGGAAAGGUGGAAAGAAGAAACUGAAAUGGAAUGCAGUACCAACAAUAUUUCCCCACAGGAAAGUUGGCUUUAAGAAUAGCAGAAAGUCUCGAAACAGCACAAAGGAAGAAGACUCUCUGAAUGCUGGUGUUCAAGUAACAACAGAUGUGCAAGAUCACAGCUAUGCUGCUGAUGCUAUGCAAGAAGACCAUCUGUCACCUGAUGAGGAUGAAACCAUCAAUGAAGAAGCCUAAGCCAGCCGAAAACAGAAAUGUCGGUAGUUUCUUCAAGCUACGGACAUGGAUGGAGCUUGCCAGGGAUUGAGGCUUUUGAACAAGAUUCAGAAAAAACAAACUAAUAUGUACCUCUUGUCUCUUCUUGUCUGUAUUACUGCAGUUGCAACGACUGCUUUCUACUAGAAAACGAUAAAAUCCUCAAGUACAGAUGAAUGCUCAGCAAUGCAGAGGUCGCUCGUUUUACGACGGUUCAACUGAAAGAAACCACAUCAGCGAUUCAUCACCUGGGCAAAUGAAUCGUCAGUGAAAAAGCAGAUAACUGACAAGGACUGCUACUGAACGUGAAAAGAAAGCAAAGACACUACACUUCUAGAGUGCAUUUUUGCUAAUCUAGAGUAAGCGUGCCAAAUGUUUAGUAGCACGUAAUUGCAAGAUGUGGCGAUUAGAUAAGGUAACUGGAAAUAUAAUCAAACCUGAU